UAACUGAAGAUUAUGAGGUGCGAGCGCAAAGGAUUGUGGGGUCGGGCGCGUAUGUUUCCAUCAUGGCGGCGUCAAUUUCGGGUUACACUUUUAGUUCUGUGUGUUAUCACAGUGCCAACAGCAAUUCCGACCAUGAGGGCUUCCUGUUGGGAGAAGUUAGACAGGAGGAGACUUUAAGCAUCAGUGACUCACACAUCGGUAGCUCAGAAUUCCUUAGCGUAAUAGAGGUCCACAAUCAUGAACCUUGUGCAAAACUGUUUAGCUUUUAUGACUAUGCAGGUAAUAUAAAUGAAGAAGAUCUCAACCGAAUCCUUAAGGACAGAAGAAAAAAUGUUAUCGGCUGGUACCGGUUUCGACGGAACACCGAGCAGCAAAUGUCAUUCAGAGAGCAGGUGAUCCAUAAGCAGCUGACCCAUAUACUUGGCAUCCCAGAUCUCGUCUUCCUUCUGUUUAGCUUCAUCUCCACAGCCAACAGUUCCACGCAUGCUCUGGAGUAUGUGCUCUUCAGGCCCAACAGAAAGUUUAAUCAGAGGAUAUCUCUUAGCAUCCCAAACCUGGGCAACACCAGUCAACAGGAAUAUAAAGUCUCUUCCGUACCCAACACUUCCAAUAACUACGCUAGUGUCAUUAAAGAACAUGGGGCUGAGUUCUUUGAUAAGGAUGGGGUUAUGAAAGACAUUCGAGCUAUUUUUCAAGUGUAUAGCGCUCUUCAAGAAAGAGUGCAGGCAGUAUGUGGUGAAGUCGAUCAGAGUGAACGAGUGAGAGAGAAAAUCCAAGAAGAGGUGAACAAACUCAAAGACGAAAUCGCUCUCAGGAAACGUAAUGCAGCAGAGGAAGAGAGAACACUCCAAGAGGAAACCAACGCACCUGUCACACUUCCCGAUGACUCGGCUCUGCAUGACCCCUCACAGUCGACUCUGACGGGAGCCGUGCUCUCCUCCAGUCCCUUAUCGGAGCCCAGUUUAGAGAGACCUGUAAACUCCUCAUCGCCACAACUUUACAACACUACGCUGCCUCCGGACUCACCGAACGCUAUACUCCUGCCUCGACCACAAGCUGUGGGCUCGCCCGGCCACCCUUCACCCGGUCUGGGCCUGGGCAACGGAGACGGCUCGAGCUCGGAUUCACUGAACCGUCAGGCCACCGGACAGGAAGAUCAAGAGGACGACGAUGAUGGGGACAGUAGCGAGUACGAGAACUUGGUUAGCGAGCAAUUGCAGCCGUCGUCUGGAACAGAAGCCGUGUCAUUGGGGAGACCUGCUACCCUGUGGCCUGACGGAGAUGCUCACAGUCCACCGGGCUCAUAGUAUUUAAACAGAAGCUUGGGGAUAGGGAUAAAGACAUAUUUACGAGAUUAUGAUUGUGAGGAAAAGGAUGGGGUGUUAUUCAGAAAACAGAGCAGCACUUGCCUUUUGCAAGUUGUGAAAACAUUAUCCUGAUGUACACGGUUGAGAGUUCCAAAGUGCUUUUGGAAUAACAUCGCCAUCCUGAUGGGCCACUGGACCCUGUUCUCUGUUUUCAUGCUCUCCUCUCUGGUUGUGUUUGGGUUGAGAUGCGUAUCCCGCUUAUAUGUUCUCUCUUGGCAUCUGCUACCUAUCGGAAUUGUUCAGUUCAUUCACCCUUUACCUCUUGCACUGUUCUGCCUUCUUUUGAUCUGCAUUUGAAUAGAAAAGCAAAGGGAACUGUGUGUUUUUUUGUGGCCUUCAAAUUCACAAAUGAGACCGAUUAAAAAAAAGACUAAAUGUAAUGUGCUUAGGACUGCACCUUUCUGACACUUGAUGUAGAACGGUUCUCGUUCUAAAAAAGUUCUUUUAUUUUGUUUUUAUCUUCUGUUGAGUAAUAUAAUGGCCUAUUUGUGAAAACCAACUUAAAAGAUUUUGGACAAUGAUUAUAUAAUGAUUAUAUCAUUUUAGUCAAUGAUUAUAUGAGUUACUUUGAUAAGGGAUGCUAGUAGGGUUUUAUUUUGUGUCGAUCACUAACAAUUUCAUUAGGUUGAUUUAAACGAACAUGUUUUGGGGGUUUUCUGCUGAAAUUCAAACUUUUUUGCCAAUGAGCUUUAACAAAAUGUACAAGUCAUGCUGUCUGAAAGAGCCAAUGCAGUCAGCCAAUUAGAAUUCAGCCUUGAUUUCAUCAGAAGAGGCAAAGAUCAAACAAUGACAUCAUCAAUCUCAGGAUUCUUUUACAGUACUAGGAAUGUUGCUUCUCACUCUUCAGCUUGUCACUUGUUUAUUUUUUCCAAAUAAUGCAGAGAUGACUCUAUUAAACGCACCAUGGUUAUGUGAAGAAAAGAUAUUUAAGUUACAUUGAGAUCACUAUAGGGAUACUCCACCCAAAAUUUACUCGCCCUCAAAGUUUAUCCAUUGUAGGAAAAAUGAUUGUAUCUUUUUUGUUGUUCUGCUGAACACAAAAUUAGAUCUUUGGAAGAAUUUAGGAAAGAAAACAGUUCUAGGGCACAUUUGACUACCAUUUACAUUUUUCCUUCUAUGGUAGUCAAUGGGGGCCAAGAACGGUUUGGUUACAAGCAUUCUUCCAAAUAUCUUUCUUUGUGUUCAUCAGACUGUGUUUGUAAGAUUUGCGCAUGUAGCGCUUUAUGCAUUGUUGGCUCAAAACAUUUGAAUGAGAAUGAUUAUCUGUUGGGUUUGUUCAUUGUAAGAAUCUCUUUUUUAGUCUUAUUUUUUAUCUCCGGAUCUGACGCUCUGACAUUUAUCUUGACAUAGGCCAAGAAUGUCUCUCUUUUCAUUCACUAUACUUCUCCCGUUUGGGUAGUUCAAAAACAACAAAGACUUGUUCACUGGAAUGAGCGUGAAUGGGAGUCCACUGAGAGAUGUUUCAGGCAGUAUCGUGUUGCAUUGACUUAUUUCAGGUUUUGCCAAAAUGUGACAGCUCCCUUGCUUUUCAACAAUAACUGAACAAUGACACCGACAUGGAAAAAUGCCACAUUUAAACCCCACGGUUUUGUUUCGGCAAUCCCUAAGAGCUUGAAAAACAACUUUAUUAUACUGUUAUAUAUAAACACUGAUUAUUUUAGCCAUACCACUUGGGUUCAGCAGAGUUUCUGAAACAAAUUGCAGCUUAAAAUCAUAUAUAUGAACACUUUCUUUUGUUUUUGAAAAAUGUACUAUUUAUGAUCAAGUAAAAUCUUGUCACAGUUUGCAACAACAGUUAAAAAACAGCCCUGUAAAUUCAAGCGUAAAAUGUUGAGAUGGUAGCCAUUUUGCCUUUAGUAAUAGACGCUUUCAAAUCUGAAAUGAAAUAAAUCCAAAUAUGGCCAUUUGAAUGGUGAAAUGAUGUUUGGUUAAAGUCAUUUGAUGAAAUUAUGAAGAAUAUGUUUAUCAGCUGCAAGUCGAACAUGAAUAUUUUUCUGCAAAUCGAGCAGCUGUGAGUGAUUAACAUUGUUCCCAUCAGAACUGGAGUCAAGUCUCUUAGUGCAUGUUAUGUUUUACAAGUCCAAUCUGUGCUUGGCAGGCUGUUGGACUACUGCAACAAGCACCUGGUCGUAUUAACUGUUCCCAUUCACUUCUGUCGUAAAUCUGCCACCAUGUUUACAAAUAUAAAGUGGGGGCCAACA